GCUGAUUUCCGGCGUCGUUAAAUGCCCUGCCAUUAUUAUUUGCUCGACAAGCAGCAUAGUCGAUGUUUUCUUAUCAAUAGAACCCUUCUAUAGAUUAAUGGUUUAAAAAAAUUGAUGCUGAAGUUCAUAGUAUUGCUGAGAUACUGGACGGAUAAAUGGAAUUUAAAGAUUUUUAUGGAAAUUAGCCGAGGAUAGCGGGUGUUCUUUACGUAGCUCCCAUCAGUUAGCUAGCUAGCGUAGCUUCUCGUUCUGCCGCAGUCCGAUUUUUUUCUUCAGCUAGCUAUACUGGCUGGGUACUGGCUAGCUAGUGUGUUUUAGUGGAUUGUCAUCUUCCCAGUAGUUUUAACUGGUUGUUCUGUAAUUUUAUUCUGCUGUUAUUGUCGUUUGUCGUGGUUGCUUUAAUCAUCCGGCAAGAGGUCGUAUUGGCUAGUUAGCCAUCUAAUGUUAACUCGUUCAGCUAAUUUGUACUAAAAAACGUUAAGUAUCUAGCCAGCUAACGUUAGCUGAUUUGGUAUCUGUUUUGACAGACAGCUGUCAUUCAUCUCGUCACUGCAAAAAUUCUGUGUUCUGUAACGUUAGCUAGAUUUUUUCAGUGACUAAUUUACAUGUGGGCCCUAGCACAAACGACUUCAGUCGGUGCCAGGCUGUGGAAAGCAGAGAAAGCAAAGGGGAGAGAGUAGUGGAACGUUUCAGACACAGCGCUCUUUGUGCCAGGGCUUUGGCCCCGUCUCUACCAGCGGAGCGCAUCACUUCCUACUGCAAGUCAAGACCCUUCUUGAAACCAUGAGCACUCAAAGGGACCUAGAUAUGGUGAAUCUUCGUCUGAUCUUGGUGAGUGGUAAGACACAAGAUUUCACUUUCUCUCCCAACGACUCGGCCACUGACAUCGCCAAGCACGUCUUUGAUAACUGGCCCUUGGGAUGGGAGGAGGAGCAGGUGAGCAGCCCCAGUAUCCUGCGCCUCAUCUUCCAGGGGCGCUUCCUGCAUGGCAAUGUCACCCUGGGAGCUUUAAAGCUGCCCCCUGGCCGAACAACUGUCAUGCACUUGGUUGCCAGGGAGACGCUGCCAGAGCCCAACUCUCAUGGUCAGAGGAACAGAGAGAAGACCACCGAGAGCAAUUGCUGUCUGCUCUUGUAAAAUAUUGAAAACAACCAACCAGUCCUUUCCUCCUUUCACAUCCCCCACAUGCCCCCACCCUCUCUGCCUAUCUUUGGCCUUUCAACCAUGGAUUUGGGAUGAUCGCAGGAGAACUGUUUUGAGGACUGUUGGGAACUGUCACCCACGUUUGUUGCACUCUUGCCCAACCAGAGGCUUAGGAUAUUUUUUUUUGUGCCAAUUUAUCAAAAUUAUAGUUUUUUUUACCUUUUUUUCCUCUAUUUGCCAAACUUUGCCUUUCUAUUUGUGUCCUAAGACCGUGUUUUGAAAUGUGUACAUAACAUGCUCCCAUGUGAAGCUGGGUUGCAAACUAACAGCCUCUGGAACUCUAUACUUCUGAUUAUGGGCAUAGGAUGGGUGUUGAUCCAACCUGGGGCUUAUGCUUUUGCUACUACUCCCAUAGCAAAUCAUAUUUCUCCUAAUAAAUAAUGAAAUGGAAGAUCCCAUCGGGUCUCUUAGAACGGUAUUAAUCCUCUCUCAUUGCACUUAACUCUGUAGCUUAUUUGAAAGUGUGUCUUGUACUUUUUUUGUAUGGUCUUAAUCUUCCCAUCUCCUUAACCAUCUUUUAGAGGACUCAAGUGUAUCCUAUUACUGGUAGAAGUGCCACCCUCUUCAUCUGAGCUAGAACGUACAUGCUUCACACUCAUGGGGGAGAGGAAGGGGGGCUGCUUUAUCUGUCACAGCACAGGUGGUGUGGUGUGUUUGUGCACUCAUGUUUGUUCCUGGACUUGGACCAAUGCUUCAAAGUUGUAGAGGGGCAGCUGUGUCAACAUUUAAGUGUGUGUGCGUGUAAGAUCGAAAGAGAGUGUUUGUGAGUAGGAUGCUGAUCACCUUGAGGAUUAAGAAGAUCUAGGAAAAUCUAACGGACCCCUGCAAGGCCAUACUAUGUUGUUUUACUUGGCAAGAAAACCAGGAAAAUACCAGAGGAUUCGGUCUCGAGUGACCUUUUUAAGUGUGGUUUGGUUUGCAAUUCUGAUUCUGUGGAAUAUUUACUCGACUGUCUGCACUCCCCGCUUCCUUGGGGACCCCACUCCUUGGGGACCCCACUCCUUGUCUAAUAUAAGGAGUAAGGGAACCAACACAAAGAGCCAGUUAAAGGUGGGCUGAGAAGGGCCCGGGGGACAUCAGUUGUGCAAGUACACAGCCUCCUUGUGGACAUCAGGGCUCGAGACCGGGAAUGAAUUUAUCUGAAAGGCCAUCAUAGGAGGAUAAGAGAAACUGUGGUGGUAGUUCACCUUUUUGUUUGGAUGCUGUCAAAAAUUUUUUUUGCCUUUGAUCGUGGAAUUCAGUAAUAUCAUUAAUAUUGAAAUUUGUAGAGUUUGAUCUUGUAUUGGUAUUGUUUCUUCAGUUUUAUUGACUGACUCCUGUCAAAUGAAUAAUUGUCUAAAAAUGGGGUUAGUUCAUGUGUACAUUAUGUAUGGGAAUGCAUAUUAUUUUUAGAUUAAUCUUUUAUGUUUGAGAGAGAAGAAUGAGUAAUACAUGUGUGUGUGUUUUAGAAGAGCACUGAAGUUUCAGUGUUCUAGGACAUCUGUUUGAGCGAGUGAAAACUGAGUGUGAUACAGGUUGUGGGAGGGCAGUUCAGCGGUGGUUUCUAUGGAAACAGUCUGGAUUCUUUGAUUCCUUCCUUUUGAGUGUCCUUUGGUUAGUGUUUAUGUAAACCAACGUCACUGCUAUGAAAUUUAGCUGAAUAUGAAUAAAUGUAAAAAAAAAAAAAAAAAAACUAAAAUGUGAUGUGGUCUACUUAAAGCUUGUAUUAUAAAUUAAUAAAACAUCUUUAAAUACGAUAC